AUGGCUAUCUAUCUAUCUAUCUAUCUAUCUAUCUAUCUAUCUAUCUAUCUAUCUAUCUAUAGUCAUGGAGAGUGGAGAUCAUUUUCACUGGGCGUUUGUCCUUCCACACGAGCACUAACACAUCUCCAUCCCUACGAAAUGUCACCUAUCCCCGCUGAAGGCGAUCAGCUUCCUGUCGCAGGUCACGAGGAGCACCACGGUUCAGCCGAAGUGUACCACAAACAUGAACUUUCCGCUCAUCUUCCAGAAAGAAUUUGGCCAAUGCGACACUGUUGUAAUAGUUGUCCACUUUAUAGCCAAAGCCAUAUAGGUGCUCCAGAAGUCCACCACAGACCUGCUGAACUCUUCCGCCAAAACCACAAUAAAGUUCAUAGUUACAGACGUAACCACUACUCGACGCGGAAACAAUGUACCCUUUCAUCCCAUAUUUGUCAGGCUUCUGAUGAUUAUAGACCUGAAAUCUCACAUGGACACGCCAUUUGA